CUUUGCAGUGUUUAUUUAUCGUAGAAGCCACAGCUCUUCAAAUCUAAUGAUGAAUCAGGUGACCAACCACCAGGAACACUAAUCUUUAAUCAACCCAUAUUUGAAGCAUGAAAUUCCCACCCCAGGAAGAUGAUUAGUUAAUUUAAUGGCUGUAGAAUUGUCAAAUAGGAAAUGUGUAUAGAAGAGUAAUUUAGAAUGUGGCUGUCUGUUAUUACUCUUACAAUUUGAAGAGUAAAAUGUCUCUUUUUCUGGAACUUACAUGACAAUUUUUCCAACAAAAUAAUUUCCAAAUAGAUCACAUAGAAAAUGUCUAUUUUAAUAUAGUUUACAAUAGUAAAACUAUAACGUCUCAAUUGUUUUUUUUAAAUACAUUUGAAUAAUGGUUUAGGUCAUUUGAUAAAUAUCACCUUGUAACUAAUAAGAUGAAACAAAGCUAAAUAGGACCAAUUAAGCACGUGAUUUAAAUAUCGAUAUGUGGUGAGUAAAAGAAUAAUCCAACUACCAGUAGAAGAUGACUACAUUUAGUACUAUAACAAGUAUAACACUGUUCCUAAAAAAAAGUGCUUAUGUUUAUUUAAGAUUUAUUUUAAUGUCAAACACAAAUAAUUAGAUCUUUAAAUGAACAAUUUGGGAGUUAAAUCCAUUGCUUCUGAUUUUUAUAGAUUUUAUGGUCUAGGAAAUCUGUACUGUCUGAUUUGAUCCCAUUUAACUGUAGAUUUUUACACGUUGCACUCUACUAGCUGGUAGGAAAAUUAUUUUAAUCGACUGAAUGAAAGUAUUAUUUCAUGUAAAAGUUUAUUAUAUGAAGGAAAUGAUUUAGGUCAGAAGCUAGAAUCUAUAUAAAGUCAGCUUUUGAAAAUAAAGAAAGACAAAUCUUUUUUUACAUUAUUAUAAAAGAGCUAAGUUGCAAACAACUAUCCUUGAGACCAGACCAUUUUUUUUUAAGCUGAAAUUUUCUAAUAAACAAUGGCAAAACACCAUUUGCAAUUUCUUCCCUCCCACCUCCCAGGUGGUUCAACAAUUCCACUUCCAAACAGCAUUUCCCAUCAGUUUUUAAAAGCUACUUACAAAGUGUUAUUCUACUACCACUUUUAAAUACAUCAAGCACUUCCAAAUAUCUAGAAAGACUAGAUAUUUCAUAUAACUUGUCCGCCACAUACACAGCACUGUUAAAUAAAAUUGCACACACAUAACAAUGGUUAUCAUCUGAGGUAUCUUCUAAAUGUGGCCAUUUUGGCCUUGAAUCAUUCCCUCCUCCCUUCCUUCUCUGCCUUCAAUCCAGUGGACAAGUACAGGCACGUGUAAUGCUUAGAGAUGGUCGAACAAAUUCCUAUGCAAAAGUCUUUACAGAAGACAAGUUUUCCUAUGAAUUUCAACACAAAGCGUACAAAAUAUGCUAAUUUUACUACUUUGUCAUACACUGGCAACCUCUUUAACAUCUAGAGACUAGAUGUUGAAAAAUUAGGACUAUUUGUCCAUUAUAUAUACUAUAUACAGAGCAAAACAAAAUGCACAAAACAUAUAGAAAAAUGGUGUCUGAAAAUGUCCAAGUAUGAACACACUAGUAUAUUACCUUUUGCAAUUUCUUCCCUCCUACCUCCUCUAAACCAUUGAACAAGUAUAGACAUUACUAUACUGCUCACAAAGGUGGCUUCACAAUUCAAUUUCCAAAACCAUUUCCUAUGAAUUUUAGCAAAAAGAUAUUUACAAAGUGGUAUUUUACUACCUAUACAUUUAAUAUACAUCGGGCACUUCUAAACAUCUAGAUAGACUAGAUGUUUCAAGUAAGGAGUUAAUUUGUCUACUAUGUAUACAGCAGUCUUGAAUAAACUGCAAACAUGUAACAACAGUUAUAAUUUGAAAGAGUCUUCCAAAUGUGAACAUUCUGGCCUAGAACCCUUCCCAUCUCCAUCAACCCAGAAGACAUCAAAUUUUCAGAAGACAAUCUUUCCUAGGACUUGUAAAACAAAAUGUACAAAAUAUAUUAGUUUACUAACUCUACUUUUGUCAUACACUGGCAACCUCUUUAACAUCCAGAAAGACUAGAUGUUGUCAAUUAGGACUCGUCUGUCCUUUACGUACAUUAUAUACACAGAUAAGUAAAACAAAAUGCACAGACAUAAUGACUCAUCUUGCCUCGCUGUAAACAGGAUGGCAUAGAGCUCUCUGCACCUCCCCCUCCUCUCUCCUCCCCUGAACCACUGCACAAACACAAUGAGUAUUACUCAACAGGUGAUUUGGCCAUUCCCCCCAAAAAAUAUUUCCUAUGAAUUGUAACAAAAAGGUAUUUACAAAAUGUGAUUUUGCUACCUCUAAUUUUAACAUAUCAGGCACUUCAGAACAUCUAAAAAGAAGAGACAUUUCAAAAAAGCUUAGCAUUGUCAACUAUAUACACAGUAGUGAGGAAUAAAAUGCACACAAAACAAUGGAUAGAAUAUGAAAAUGUCUUCUAAAUAUGACCAGUCUAGCAUAGAACCUUCUUCUCUUCCUUCUCAGGUCUUCCAGCUCCACGUCAUCUAACCCACUUAACAAACGUGAACGUAUCGCUUCCAGAGGCCGUCUUAACAACUCCAUUUCCAAAAGUCAUCUCCAGAAGACAUGUAUUUUCUACGAUUUCUUUUAAACAAAUGAGAAUUUACAAGAUGUGUAACUUUCUAACUCUUUUAUCAUAACUCGGCAACCUCUUUCCAUCUAGAAGGGCUAGAUGUGACAAAUGUUUUCUAUUAAAAGGUUGGGGUGGAGUUGAGAGCAGCUUUUUCAUAUUAUAUACACAGGCCUUCCAUAAACGGCCAGUAAAUCUUCCCAGAGGGUGGUGGGCAUUUCCAACGGGCCAAACGUGGCCUGUCAUUCUACCAUUUCUCUCUUCCGACAGCAAAGUCUGGUAGAAUGAAGACCAACCGCCCGAUGGCCGCUAACCGUUCCACCCGUCGUCGUUCGGGACUUCGCUCACCUUUCAGGCCCCUUAAGGCCUUUGUCCGUUGUCGUCAGGACUAGGUAGGUCUCGCCCAAUGGCGACAGAAUGGUCACCCGGGAACCGGAUCUGCGCGGCUCCGUGGCCGAAAGAGGCGGCCGAGCCUGCUUGCCUCCCUAGGCCGCCUUCCCGGGCCGUCCACGCCUUAAUGGCCUCCGCCACGCGGCGUUCGAGCGGCCGCCAUACUUCCCGGCCCACCACGCCCGGCGCCGCCCAAAGGCGCUGCGUCCUGGCGGCUCUGCGGGGGUUUCGUCGAGGCCCAGCAGGCUUGGGUCGGGAGACCCGGGUGCCGGCGGGGUCCGGGCUGGGAGACGCCACGGCCGCCAUCAGUCACCGAGGUGGGGUGGGAAAGAGAGGUUCGCUGCGGCUUCAAGGUCUGGGCACAGCCAGUGGGCAGCCACAGCAGAGGCCUCCGGUAUCUGCAGGGCAGAGGGCUCGGCCUGUCCCGAGGCCCCCCAGUUCACCCGCCGGCCCGGGGCCGGAGGGCCUGGAGGGCCCUGGAGGAGCGGGCUGCGUUCUGCGUCUCUCCGCGAUCUCUGCCGGACCGGAACUAAGACCAGACCAUUUUCUUCUGGAAAAAUCAGAAAUUUGUACUGAUGAAAAAAAAAAGUUGUUCUUGGCCAAAAACAUCAAUCAGCCUCAUCUCCAGAGUGAUCCUCCAAACUCAGGGAGAAUUGCAGUGAAUGACAGUUCCUGUUUCUCAACAUCAUUGUCAGCAUUUGGUGCUGUCAGUGUUCUAGAUUUUGACCCUUAUAAUAGUCAUCCUCCUUAGCCACCUCUGAUGAGUGCAUUGAAGAGGAUGACCUGCUUAGUUAUUCUGCUUCCCGAAUACAAAAAAUUAGGCUUCUGAAAUCAAACAUAAGAAGUCAUUGUUGCUUUUAUUCCAGGUGGGUCAGCUUUCUCAAAUACUGUGAAUUUCUAUGUGUUUGAUUCAAAUCAACGCCUUUUACAUAAACUUAUAAUUCUGCCUGAGACAUCUAUCACUGUAGUUUAAUUACAAUCAUUUGAGAUGAGAACACCUAAAGUCUACCCUCCUAGCAAUUCAAGAAUACAAAACAUUGGUUUUAACUAUGGUCAUCGCAUGGUACAAUACAUCUCUUCAACUUAUUCUUGCAAUUUAACUGAACGUUUGUAUCUUUUGACCAACAUCAACCCAAUCCCCCUGCGCUCAGUCCCU